GUUUCACUUGCAUAGUUUACCUGUUUCUAUAGCAACCAUUGAGCUUUCUGCCGUACGUAAUGAUGUUAUGACGUCACGGGGCGGUCCUAUCUCACUUCCGGGUACCGGUGCAGGGAUUCACAACGAGAAUGAUUGGUAAGUGCACUUAUACUUUAUGUAUAUAUUUAUAUGAUUUUGUUUGUUACAGUAGCCUUGAAAAAGACCCACAGAGGUCGAAACGUCGGUUUUAGGUUUUGCACCUUGAAUAAAUAAAACUAAAUUUUUUUCACCAAGUCCUGCGAGUGCAUCCUAUAUUUUCAAUUUGGCAAAACAAUGAAAAAACACAUGUUGGUUCUCCAGAAUACCUACUAACAAGAGAGGGCUUGCAGAGUAAACAUCUAAUCCUUCACACAGCAGGAGGUAGUAAGAAUGUUAUUAAAGUAUCGUGCAGAUAGCCAGAAACCAUACUUUGUUAGCGGAAGAAUUAAAAUCCCAGUAUGCUAUAUAUAAUGAUUGUAUCACCACACCUUAAAUGCAAUAUUGCAUCAAUUAAACAGAGUUCUUCCUAUGCUAAUGAUUUAUUUCUUGGAAGAUGAAAUGGUGUAGUUUCAUAAAAUGCAAGUCCUCUAAACCCUCUGCAAACUUGAAAGGAUACCUGGGCAGUCUAUAUUUUCUCAUGCGAUAUGUUGUUGCUAUAAGUAUAUAUAGAUUAGCGGUUAGAUGUAAAUUGCAGAGGUGCCUGUUUUCACACACUAUAUAGGGGGAAUAAAGUUAAAACGGUUGUGAUUAAAUUUGCACAACUUCUUCUUUCCUUUAAUAUUUGUACAACCACCCAAAUAUUAGCAGUGUUCCAGAGGGAUGCCAGUAAAUUGCGCACUACAAAUGUAACUCCUGGGAGUGGGGCUUAAGCCUCAUGGCAACUGGUCAUGCUUCACAUGAGCUCCAUGCUCAACGGACGAUUUAAGCAGACUUUUAUGCCUACCAACUUCACCAAAUGAUUCAAAAAGAGACUCACCUGUCCUAGGAACAAGUAGAGGUGAUAAUUGUUGGCCAAAUUGGCACUAUCUCAUGCGACUGACAGAAAUCCUGGUGGGGCCUGGUGGAACUGCUGGGCAGGAGAGGCGGCCGACCUCCCGUCCUGCCGAGCACUGCGCCUACACACACGUGCCUUGCAGCCUCGUUUCCCCCCCAGUCUGGACCGGGGGGGUUAUCCUGGCCCCCCACUGGCACUAGCCUACUAUACCACCUGAAGAUUAUCUCAAGCCACCUGGCGACUCGGAGCAUGGAAGCUCAGCGGUCAAAAUGGCCACCGAUACCACUACCCACAUACGCACACCCAAGUGAAUAAGCUUCUCAUGGCUUUUGACCGCACAUGUAAAAAUUUUUGGGAAAAGCUACGUUUAUGAAGACUUACCUCACCUCCUGCUGGUCCAGCCCCUGCUCUCAGGAGCCUUCCCGUUUGACGGGCCCUCAGGUAUCAACAUCCCCAGUGCUUCCCUAAAGGAACAGUGCAAAGGAAAUUGCAUCUUUGGAAGCUGCGACAAACACCAGCUCCACAUUGCACAGAUCCCUGAGGUAGAGGUGCUGCAUUCCACUACAUCUCCAAUUUUGCUGACCUGGCGAAGAGACACACGCAUCAAGCUACCAGCGCCACUGCCAGGGGGCUGCAUCAACAGCAUGGGAGGGCUCAUGCAGCACCUACACUUCUCAAGGCUCAGGGCUGAGGACACGGAGAUCAGCUGCACCAAUUGCACAAACCACAAGCAGCAAGACAGUCACUUACGCCUCACACAUCAUGCGCAAGAGAAAGAGGAAGCCUCAUCAAGAGAGGAAAAGAGAUCACGGCAUAGGCUGAAGCAUUCUGGCAACAUCUACACACCCUCCGAGGGCUACCUCUUAGCACUCAGCAAAGAGACCCAAGUUCCUCCAAUAUGUUCCAAGACUGACUGCUCCUUAUAUUAA